AAUAUCUCAAGGGUGUGUUAACUUGGGACACUUGUUAACUUGGGGACCUUCUUGAGGCUUUUUUUUUUCUUUCUUUUUAAAAAUCAUCUUUGAUUAUUCUUUUCUAGUAAAAUAAUAUUUAGAAAAAAUAAUGUCGGAGCACAGCAGAAAUUCAGAUCAAGAAGAACUUCUCGAUGAGGAGAUUAAUGAAGAUGAAAUCUUGGCCAACUUGUCUGCUGAAGAACUGAAAGAACUGCAGUCGGAAAUGGAAGUCAUGGCCCCUGACCCCAGCCUUCCCGUGGGAAUGAUUCAGAAAGAUCAAACUGACAAGCCACCGACAGGAAACUUCAAUCAUAAAUCUCUUGUUGAUUAUAUGUAUUGGGAAAAGGCAUCCAGGCGCAUGUUGGAAGACGAACGAGUUCCUGUCACCUUUGUGAAAUCCGAGGAAAAGACUCAAGAAGACCAUGAAGAAAUAGACAAACGUAACAAAAAUAUGGCCCAGUAUUUAAAAGAAAAGCUCAAUAAUGAAAUAGUUGCAAAUAAAAGAGAAUCAAAGGGCAGCAGCAAUGUCCAAGAAACAGAUGAAGAAGAUGAUGAAGAAGAAGAUGAUGGUGAUGAAGGAGAAGAUGAUGGUGAAGAGAGUGAAAAAAUGAGCAGAGAAGAGGAAGGCAAAGCAAAGGAACAAAUUAGAAAUUGUGAGAACAACUGCCAGCAGGUAACUGACAAAGCAUUCAAAGAACAGAGAGACAGACCAGAGGCCCAAGAACAAAGUGAGAAAAAAAUAUCAAAAUUAGAUCCUAAGAAGUUAGCUCUAGAUACCAGCUUUUUGAAGGUAAGUGCAAGGCCUUCAGGAAACCAGACAGACCUGGAUGGGAGCUUGAGGAGAGUUAGAAAAAAUGAUCCUGACAUGAAGGAACUGAACCUGAACAACAUUGAAAACAUCCCCAAAGAAAUGUUACUGGACUUUGUCAAUGCAAUGAAGAAAAACAAGCACAUCAGAACAUUCAGUUUAGCCAAUGUGGGUGCAGAUGAGAAUGUAGCAUUUGCCUUGGCUAACAUGUUGCGUGAAAAUAGAAGCAUCACCACUCUCAACAUCGAGUCCAAUUUCAUCACAGGUAAAGGGAUUGUGGCCAUCAUGAGGUGUCUCCAGUUUAAUGAGACGCUAACUGAGCUUCGGUUUCACAAUCAGAGGCACAUGUUGGGUCACCAUGCUGAAAUGGAAAUAGCCAGGCUUUUGAAGGCAAACAGCACUCUCCUGAAGAUGGGCUACCAUUUUGAGCUUCCGGGUCCCAGAAUGGUGGUCACUAAUCUGCUCACCAGGAAUCAGGAUAAACAAAGGCAGAAACGACAGGAAGAGCAAAAACAGCAGCAACUCAAGGAACAGAAGAAGCUGAUAGCCAUGUUAGAGAAUGGGUUGGGGCUGCCCCCUGGGAUGUGGGAGAUGUUGGGAGGACCCAUGCCAGAUUCCAGAAUGCAGGAGUUCUUCCAGCCACCGCCACCUCGGCCUCCCAACCCCCAAAACGUCCCCUUCAGUCAACACAGUGAAAUGAUGAAAAAGCCAUCACAGGCCCCGCAGUACAGGACAGACCCUGACUCCUUCCGGGUGGUGAAGCUGAAGAGAAUCCAGCGCAAGUCUCGGAUGCCGGAAGCCAGAGAACCACCCGAGAAAACCAACCUCAAAGAUGUCAUCAAAACACUCAAGCCAGUGCCGAGAAACAGGCCACCCCCAUUGGUGGAAAUCACUCCCAGAGAUCAGCUGCUAAACGACAUUCGUCACAGCAAUGUCGCCUAUCUUAAACCUGUAAGUAGAGGGAGGGAGAAAUGGUGACUGAGCACCCUCCAUAGAAAAUGCAUCCCAACUUUAUUCCCUAUUUGUUUUAACAUAAGGGGAUACUCACUAAUUGAGACCAACUGGGGGAAGCCAAUGAGCAUUACCAAUAGAA